AUGAAACAAAGCUUGUUAGAAGGUUUGAAUGCAGAAGGUAGCUUUCUUCAAACUGGUGAUGAUGUUCCAACAACGACUUCAUCAUCAGCACGGAAAAAACAAAUCGGAGCAUAUAAUCCUCAAUUAUUAUCAUCAAAUCAAGACAGUACCACUGAACCCAUCAAUGAUGAAGUGGUCGAUCAAGAAAUUGCAAGCAUGAGCGAAGACCAAAGUAAAAGACAAUUAGAGUGGAUGUAUGAUAAAAAUUUCGAAAAUAAUAAUGAGGCCUCAUUGGAGGAGUAUCUAGUAGGAAACAAAACUUUGGAUAAAUUAGUGAAAGGAGGAGAUUUUGUGGAAGAGGAUUACCGAACAGUUCAAGAGCAGCACAUGCCUGGUGCUCUCUUUGUUCAUCAUGAAGCAAAACAUCAUGGUGACGAUACUAUUGAUGAUCCUUUAGCGAGGAUGAAACAGCAAAGUCUGGCUAGAAUGAAAAUGCUUUUGCAGAACCCUGAGUUGUUGCAAAAAGAAUUGGACAAACGAAAGAAAGAAAAGAAAAAACAAGAAAAGAAGGAGAGAAAAGAGAAAAGGAAGGAAAAAAAGAAGGAAAAGAAAGAAAAAUCAAAACAAGAAAAGAAAAAAGAAAAGAAAAAGAGAAAAGAUGAUAGUGACAGCAGUUACACCAGUUAUUCAAGUGAGGAAGAGGUUAAACCCAAAGAAAAAAAGAAAAAGAAAGAAAAUUCUGAGGAGCAAAAACCAAAAUCCACGACACUGAGCACUCAAGCAUCAAGCUCUAUUGACACAACCUCUAAGGCAACAAACGACAGCAAUGUCACACGUCAACAAAAUCUAAACUAUGAGAAACACCAGUACAAAGAACGUUAUUACGGCAAUAGAGAGUACAAUAGAGACUAUAGAUAUCAAAAUAAUCAAUAUAAUAAUGAUCGAAGACUAGGACAUGAACGAGGAAUUUAUCGAGAUGAACCCAUUUCAGAAGAAGAAACAAAGAAAAAACUUGAACAAAUGAUGAAAGAUGGUCAACAAAGAGAACAGCAGAAAGAAUUUAACAAAAUUAAGAGCUUAAAAGAAAAAGAAGAGGCUUUAACCUCUAUGCCUCAAUCAAGUGCUCAAUCGAAUUUCUUACAAAAAACUCGAAGUGAUGCUUAUUUGAAUUCCAACCUUAAGAAAUCUAAUAGAUAG